CUUUGUUUUUUUAGGCUCUCUCUCUCUUAAUAUUCCAAGUCCGUUCCCAAGGAAAUUUGAGCACAAACUUGUCCUUGGUCGGUUUGGGCUUAUAAGAGCUAGCUGUCUCUCACUGUCAAAUCUGUGUGUUUUGGUUCUCUUUUUAUAGGACAGUCAUUUUUCUUUGUUGCUGAGGAGAGAGAUGACUGGGCCAGAAGAAGCUGGAAGUGUUACUCUUGAUCUACUCAAGAAGAAGAUGGUAGAGUUUGCUAAGGAGAGAGACUGGGAACAGUUUCACAGCCCCAGAAACCUCCUUUUGGCUCUGGUUGGUGAAGUUGGGGAACUAUCUGAAAUAUUCCAGUGGAAAGGAGAGGUUCCAAAAGGACUGCCUGGUUGGAAAGAAGAGGAGAAAGUGCACCUGGGUGAGGAGCUUUCUGAUGUUUUGCUGUAUCUUGUUCAGCUUUCUGACAUCUGUGGCAUUGAUCUUGGCAAAGCUGCUCUUAGGAAGGUUGAACUUAAUGCUAUCAAAUACCCAGUUUCAAAGCAACAAAGCCAGAAGACCAACAACGACACCUUAUUCAAUGGCAAUAAUGGCACCGAGAGUGGUUGAUUCAAUGUAUUAAAAACGCCCACCUGUCUGUGCUUAUUGGGGAUGUUUUAGGUGUUGUAGGAAGUCAUGAUAUGCUUAGAGGCUUAGGCUAUACAUUUUUAGGAAAGGGUUUCAAUUUGUAUGAAGUUCAUUGCAAUUUUGCAUGGACUGUGGGAAAAAUGGUAACUGACAACUAGUAAGGGUGGCGCGUUUGGCAUUUAUUCUCAUAGAUUUUGUUACUGUUUUGUCAAAGUGAAUCAAAUCCAUCUGACAGAUCAUAAGGGAUAGAUAUGGCAGUCAUAUAUUUUCCUUUUACUUUUC